CUCUCAUAAAUUCUGGUUCCGUCUUCCGAUCCUGUCUGUUCUGGUAAAAAACCCUAGGAUCAAUCAACAAAAUUAUAUUUUCUCUGUGAUCUUUUAUUUCUAGACAGCAGAAGAAAGAAAUGGCAACUUUCGAGCAGGCACCACCAGGCGAUGUAAAAGCCGGAGAGAAAAUCUUCAAGACUAAGUGCGCGCAGUGCCACACCGUCGAGAAGGGCGCCGGUCACAAGCAAGGACCCAAUUUGAAUGGCCUUUUCGGUAGGCAAUCUGGUACGACAGCUGGGUAUUCCUACUCUGCAGCUAAUAAGAACAUGGCUGUGAUCUGGGGAGAGAAUACUUUAUAUGAUUACUUGCUUAAUCCUAAGAAGUACAUUCCUGGAACUAAGAUGGUCUUCCCUGGAUUGAAGAAGCCACAGGAUCGUGCAGACCUCAUUGCCUAUUUGAAGGAAGCAACUGCUUGAUUUAGUAUGGUUAUUUAGCCAUUGAUUUGUGACAUUAAUUGAUUGUCCUAAGCCAUUUAUUUUUCCAAAGGAAGAGAAGACUAUUCACUUCUUCAAAUAAGCUGAAUUAAAGCUCAAAGAUGAGUAGAGGAAAAUUUUUCUGUUGUAAACCCUUUUCAUGAGGCAUUUCAUGAACUUUUGAUUUUUUUUUUUUUUAUAGUCAUACUGUCUACUGAUUUAUCUAUUGUGAUGAGAUUUUUAAAUCAUAAAUUUUGGAUUUUCUAUUAUGAUGUCUUGCUGUGGCCUAUGGA